UGACUGCGGGUGAAGGUAAUAAAAAAGAUACAAUAUCACCGGAAAUCAAACUGUUUGACCUCCAGAAUAUAACCCAGCUGAAGAACACACGGCUCUUUUCUCUGCAGACGCGGACUAAGCUGCUGCUGGAUGAUGGCGUUAGCGGGGCUACUGGUGCUGGAGUGGGGUCUCUACAUCAGCUGUUUUGUCUGCGGGAUUGUUACCGCAGCGUCUGUCACCAUCGUCCAGGGUAAUUUCGGAGGUCACUGUAUGCUGUACGGAGCGGUCAGCUAUAAUGCCACGUCCAAGCUCAUCGGAGUCCAGUCGUCCACAUCCUCCUCUUUGUGUUACUUUGUGUCGGCCAUAUCAAUCAUGGUGGCAGUGGUGUGUUUCUCUCUGUCUGUGUACUGGGUGUACACUUUCUGCAGCGAAGGGGAACUCAAAAGGGAGAAUGUGUGGAUGAACGUGAUUAUUGCCGUCUCCGGCGUUUUCCUGUUCUUCCUGCUCGUCACGGGCUGCAUGUUGAAGAUCGGGCGCGACACGCUCUGCUCGUCUGUCACGAAAAACGUCCCCAACACUACCAGUUGUGAAAAAGCCCAGUCUGAAAAAUGGGCCAGCCCACUUGAUGGAGAGAGGUUCUACAGCAGUCUACAUAAAGCCGAGACGGCAGUGUGGAUCAACUUCUUCUUCUGGCUCAUCAUCGGGGUUUUGGUGAUCAUCCAGAGGCGUCGGGGCUCAGCGUCCAAGCUGAUUGGAGCCGCACCAACUGGAAGCCUUUUCGGGGAGACGGGUGUGACGCCCGAAGAGACUGAGCCGUUUUUCAACCGUCCUGGAAGGCUCCAGUGAGAACGGGUGUGAGCGAGGGGGUUAUAAAAGCACAUAAGACCAAAUAGUGGGAGCGGGUGUGGAAAAAGGUUAAAUGAAGUGUUUUAAGGAUUUCAGUGAACAACAUUUUGAGAAUGCACGUGGAAGGUUUUGCAGAUAUUAGAUUUUGGGUUUAACAGUAUGUAUAAAGCACCACAAAACCAAAACUCCGCUCGACGAGGAUGGGAUUUGAACCCAUGCGUGCAGAGCACAAUGGAUUAGCAGUCCAUCGCCUUAACCACUCGGCCACCUCGUCACCUGAAUGCACAAGCAUGCAGAGCCUGUCUGUCUGUGUCAGGACACACUGGAAACACUGAAGCGCUGUCAGGCGCUGGUACUGAAUUUACCCAUUUCCCACAUCUCACCCGCCGCGUCACAUCUACGUCUGUGGACUCCACAGAAACUUAUCUGUUUUUUAUUCAGAGCGAGCUUGUGUUGGGUUUGUUUACACAGCCAACGAACGGGAGGGUGUUUAUCACAAGGUUUGAUUUUAUAAUUUAACUGUGCUCAGAUGUACUUUUGACGAGUAAGACUAAGAAUUUUCUACAUAAAACACUUUUUUCUUUUUACUGAUUUCACAAAACCGGAAUCUGCCAUAGACUUUUUUUUAACACAUUUUAUUUUUGUUGACUGUAAAAUCCUAAAACACUGCAUUGUCUUCAAGUUUAAGGUGUCAACACGUGGCUUUAAAGAUCGCUUAGUAUUGAUCUGUGUGGUGAUUAUGUCAUUAGAAACUAAAAAGAAAUAAAAAGAAAAACAGGAAGACGUUUCACUGUUUGUUUGUUUUUUGAUUGUUGAUUGUUGUGUGACACUGACUUUUACAACCUUUAACCAAAGAAGCGUCUGAGGCUGUUCUGCUGAAAUCUGCUGCUGGGUUCAUCCACACUGAUUCAGUAUGCUUUUGAUUUUGAUUUGACUUGAAACAUUUGUUGGUGACCACAGGUAGUUAGCUUACAGUGCCACCGUCUGAUGAAACACGCUGCAGCUGAACACUGGAAAUAACGUUUAGACGUUAAAAAAUUGAAAUUCUAACCUUUUCUAAGCUCGGGCCUGACGUUCAGUGAGGUGUGCUUCUUACAUCUGACUGUGUGUUUGCAAUGCUGCGCUUUAUUUGUGACAUUUCUGGACAUGCUCAUGUUUGUCGUGGGGAACAGGCAUAUGGAAACGUUGAAUAAUGUCUCCCUCUAGUGGCUAAUAAUAAAUAAAGAUUCACUUGCACCAA